AUACAGUACUAGCAAAAGCACCUGAGCCUUCAAAAACUGAAAAAUCAGCUGAACCAGCUAAGACAAUUCAACAGGAACAGCACCAGCUCAAUGAUGGGAAAGAAGAUGCUAACACACAGAAGCCAACACCUUCAGGUUUCCAAACAAAUGAGUAUGCUGAUGCCCAACUUCAAGAGAUUGUCAGAAAAAUGCGGGAAAGGGCAACAGUCUAUAAGGAAAAGCUGCAAGACCCAGUGCUGUCCUCCCCUGAAGGCACACCAUCAAAGAAAAAGCCUCCACCCCCACCAAAAGAAGAAAAAAAAGAAGAAAAGGAUGCAGAAGCAAAGCCAGAGGAGUAUCAUUACUGCAAUAUGCUGUGCUGUAAAUUCAAAAAAACUCCGCUGAAAAAAUACAUGGAGUAUUUGCAGCUACCAGACAGCAUAGACUCAUACACAGAUCGCCGUUAUGUAGCAUGGCUCAUGCUUGUGACAGUUGCCUAUAAUUGGAAUUGCUGGUUUAUCCCCCUUCGCUUUGUGUUUCCAUAUCAAACCCCAAGUAAUACAGUAUAUUGGUUUACCAUAGACAUCAUUUGUGAUAUCUGCUACUUGUGUGACUUACUGAUUUUCCAGCCCCGAGUGCAAUUUUUAAAAGGUGGAGAUAUAAUAACAGACAGAGUGGAAAUGAAGAAAUUCUACCACAGCACUAUGAAGUUUCGGCUCGAUGUGAUAUCAAUAUUGCCAUUUGAAGUUUUAUACUUCUUCUUUGGAUUUAACCCAGCAUUUAGAGCAAAUAGGCUGCUAAAGCAUAACACAUUCUUUGAGUUUAAUGACCGCUUGGAAGCUAUCCUGGACAAAGCAUACAUCUACAGGGUCAUUCGAACAACUGGAUACUUGCUGUUUAUCUUGCACAUUAAUGCAUGCCUGUAUUAUUGGGCUUCAGACUAUGAAGGACUUGGCAGCACUAGAUGGGUGUACGAUGGCAAAGGAAACAUGUAUCUGAGGUGUUACUACUGGGCAGUUCGUACUUUAAUCACCAUCGGUGGCCUUCCAGAACCACAAACUCUGUUUGAGAUAGUUUUUCAACUGUUGAAUUUUUUCUUGGGUGUCUUUGUCUUCUCCAGCUUAAUUGGUCAGAUGAGAGAUGUAAUUGGAGCAGCUACAGCAGGACAGAACUACUACCGUUCCAGUAUGGACAACACUGUCUCCUAUAUGAACACUUAUUCUAUUCCAAAAGUAGUCCAAAAUCGUGUUCGAACCUGGUAUGAAUACACAUGGGACUCUCAGGGAAUGCUGGAUGAAUCAGAAUUACUGGAGCAGAUGCCAACCAAAAUGCAAUUAGCCAUUGCAAUUGAUGUGAACUUUGCCAUUGUCAAUAAAGUUGACUUAUUCAAAGGGUGUGAUACCCAGAUGAUAUAUGACAUGUUGCUAAGGUUGAAAUCCAUUGUGUAUUUACCUGGUGACUUUGUUUGCAAAAAGGGAGAGAUUGGCAGAGAGAUGUACAUCAUUAAACAGGGCGAAGUUCAAGUCCUUGGAGGCCCUGAUGGUACAAAGGUCCUGGUUACGCUAAGAGCAGGAUCUGUAUUUGGGGAGAUCAGCCUAUUAGCUGCAGGUGGAGGAAAUCGAAGGACUGCCAACGUGGUGGCUCAUGGUUUUGCCAACCUUUUCAUUCUGGACAAGAAAACACUCAAUGAAAUCUUGGUGCACUAUCCUGACUCAGAAAAACUUCUCAUGAAGAAAGCAAGGGUGCUGCUGAAGGAGAAGGGGAAACCUGCUCCAGGACCACCAGCGCAAAAACCACAGGGCUUGGCCAGUCUGUUUGGGCAAAAACAGGAAACUCCAAAAUUGUUUAAAGCGAUCCUUGGAGGUAAAGGAAAACAAGGCCUUGCUAGGCUGCUGCAGCUGAAGAGAGAACAAAGCAUUCAGGAAACUCAAGCUGAAGCAGAGAGUAAGCCUGAACAAGAGGAGAAGAAACCCGCGGAGCCCACGGCCUCAUCUGCACCCCUUGCACAAAAGGAAGAGCCGAAUGCAGAUGCUAAGCCUAAACCACCUGCAGUUAUGCACAGAGGAACCACUAAUGAGUCUCUGAUCAUUACUAUGACUCCAUCCCCCAGAGCAGGAGAAGGAGAGAUCCUUAAAGUUGAAGUUAAAGAGAAAUAA